UAUGCUGAAAAGGAAAGCCAUCCAUCCAUCCAUCAUCUGCUGCAGCCCCCACUUUUGCAGGGGCAUGUGAGCGGCCACAGCCAGCGGUUGCACCGCGAUCUGCGUCAGAUCAGCCUGACAGGCUUUAUCUCCAUCUUAAUUAGCUUUUGCUGGUGUAAUCUAAUCUCCCUUUGCUAUCCACUUUGGAUUAAGAGAUUGCACACGACACAGUACGCUGUGAGUGUGUACACUGGUGAGGUUCUUGUUCAUGUGGUGUUGGAUCUUGUGUACCCGUGCGCAGAAUCCAAGCCAUAUGUGUCGCCAGAUUUAUUUGCUGCUACGCCACCACACGCAUUGGUUGGUGUCGUAGCAAUACGUCCCCGAAUUUACUACUGUAGCUGCUGGCUGCUGCUACAGAGAAGCCGCAGUGACUGACUGGUGCUGCUGGUGGUGGUAAUCCUUGUGCCCGGAGGGGCCGGGGCGGGCAAGGCAUGUGAGCUGACCCGUGCAGCUGCGAGCUGCGAGCUCCUACCAGUUCGGCCAGUGUCCCGGCCGGCCUGUCCCUUUCUAUAAAGCCUCUCACGAGCAGUUGCGGUGAGCAGUGAGGAUUGAGAGGGAGCUGCCAUGGACUGGUACGCGUGGCUGUCGAGGACGGGGCUGGCGCCGUCGCUGACGCACGAGUACGGGCGGCUCUUCAGCCGGAACGAGCUGGAGCCCGGCGACGCGGCGCACUUCGACCACGACCUGCUCAAGAGCAUGGGCAUCGCCGUCGCCAAGCACCGGCUCGAGAUCCUCAAGCUGGCGAAGAAGCAGGCGGAGGCGGAGGGCGGCGGCGAGGGUGCCUCGUCGGGGGCGGCGGCGAGGCUCGCGCGCAGGGCCACGAGGUGCCUGGCCCGCUGCGUGCGCCGGCUGGCCGGCGAAGGCGGAGGAGGAAGCGGCAGGAGGAGGAGGGGCGCGUCGUCGGUCACCGUCGUGCCCAGGAUCUGCAGCGGCGACGACGCCGUCCGCGUCGGCGCCGUGCAGCGGAAGAGCGCCACCAAGAAGAUGGUGCUCAUGAUCACCGACGGCGCCGGCGGAGCAGGAGACGGACUCGCCAUCGCCAGGGGCUGCGGCGCCGCGCGGCUGUCGGCGUCCUCCCAGAAGGCGAGCUUGAUGUUCCAUGACUGCUACCACAACGACGAUGAGGAGGAGGAGGGCGAAGGGGACGACGAGGAGGAGGACGGCGGCGCCGGCGACGACGACAUCAAGUGGGACUCCAUGUUUCAGGACCUCAAGCCCACGUGACGGUCAAGUUGCAUUGUCUUGUUUCCUCCCCGAGCUUCAGCUGCUGCUUCUGUUGUUUGGUGUCUUCGCGUGAGUUCGUCGUCAUGGUUUAGUUGUGGCGUGAGAGAAUUUUAACAACUCUCUUGGUGGUGUUUGUUCUCGUUCAGAAGAGAAGAACAUGGGAAGAUGUGUUUUUCUCGCAAUGUUCAGCGAAUAAUUUCGAAAUGUGUAGUUUCCGCAGUUUUGUAGUGUCAAGUUGUAGCAAGAAUGAAGGCCAAUCGAGCCCUGCACGCGGUGUCCCUCUUUGCAAUAAGUCAAUAGGCAGGGUGAAUGAAAGUACGGAAGAACAUUGCUGA